AAGCUUUUAGGAAUCGGUAGAUGACUUUACUAAACACAUGAAGCUAUUGUGUUUGUUUUGUACUUGAUAAGCAAACAUGAAAAUCUGAAUAAUACGGACAGUGAUCAAUCUCAUAAUUCCCACAACUGACACAGAAUAAAGAGUAGGGCAAACACAGACCCGUGGACACAUCUUGAACCCUAUAUCUUUAACAGGUACACGGGGUUAUCCGUAUUCAAAAUCAGUGUGUAAAGAACGGACUAACAAUUGGUAUGAAAACGACUUAAUGAUAGAUUGUAUUUGCAAACCACUUGAUAUCCCAGUCAAGAGCUUGUUCUGCGUAUGAUCAGGUUUUAAAUAGAUGCAGCCUACUGCCAAACAAGUUGAUGGUGAGGGGUUUCAACAGUCUCAUUUAAAUUCAGCAUUUCUCAAAUUCUAUGGUUAUUAUAACGAUCUAGUUCACAUAUAACCUAUCAUUGGUUGAAAUGCUGUCUGACGUGUUUUAUACCGACUGUUCUUGACACACUGAUUUUGAAUACUGAUUACUCUGUUUACCUGUUCAAGAUAUAGGGUUCACGGUGGAUGUGACCAGUUGAUAGAAGAAAAUAGAGAAGAAAGAAGAAUUCAUGAUGGUAAGUUCUUUUCUAAUUUACUACUUUAAAGACAGUUUUGUUACCGAUGAAAUAUUUCUUCAUGAAAUGGAAAGUUCAUGUACUGGAACAUUUUUCUUGGAGUUAUCUUAGAGUAGAACAUAUUUAGAGAACUGAGGUAUAAUUUUCUUUGAACUGGACAUUUUAAAAAUCUUCAUCUUGGAAUUUUGCAUUUCUUGGAAAUAACAUUGAAAGAAAGAAUUAUGUGUAAAUUUUCAUGGCGGUAGACAUAUUUAAAAUAAGAGAGAUGAUUGCUUUGUUAAAAAGCAUAUUAGAAAAUCAAUAUUGUCCAAAGAAAACUAGUUUGAUGGAGGUAUAUGAUAUCUAAGCUAAAAAAUACAAUUCAACAAUUUGUAAUGAAUGCAGUGGCGGAUUUAGAGGAAGGUCAUGACCCCCUUCCCCUUUUUUGUGACCAAAAAGUAGGUAAAACAACAGUACAAGUCUAGAUUUGACAGUACACACAUAAACAGGUACAUAAAGAUAAGCAAACCGAUUACACCAGUGUUUGUUGUUAUUUAUUGAAUUUGAUAUGUAUAAAUCUUAGUAAGAAUAACCCAUAAAAGUUACCUAAAAACAUCAAAAUCCUAAAGUCCCCAGACCCCAGUCUACCCCCCCUUCCUGUCAAACAAGUCCUGGAUCUGACACUGGAAAGAAUAGGCAUGACUUUAAUCAUAAUUGGAUUACCAAAUACGAAGAACAACGUUGUUAAACAAAAUCUUUAUUACUUAGGUAGCAGGGGACAGUUUCGCACUUUAUACUUGGUCAACUUUCUUCGGUUUAAAAUGGAAAUACCUCAUAUUUGAAGUGUUAUUACAUGUGUUAAAAUGUAUACAAUAAUUUUAGGAUACAUCUCAAAAGCUGAGUGCUUAAUGAAAAUGUUGAUAUGCAACAUGUAGGUGUCACCAUGAUUCCUAGCAUAUAAAUGAGUGCAGAUACAAAACUAAGAUCUCGACACGUGGUCAGCUGCUGCAGAAAUUCCAGUGAAAACCUGCAUGGUCCAGCAAAAGGUUUGUAACUGAGAGGGAAGGUGGAUGGCUCCUUAUGAAAUGUUAUUUUUUUAAAGAAUGGCAGACAGGGUUCUUGAUUGUGCAUAGUGUGUAAAUCCCCUAAUUCGGUACUUUGAUGGUGUGGGGGUGAUGCGGAUUAGCCCAAAUGAGAAGCGAGAAAGGGUCACUUGUUUUGUGCACCAGCACCAGUAUGUAUAGAUUACCUGUACAUGUAAUUUAGGGUCAUCAUUCAUAAACUACACUGAUAUGAAAUACAAAUAUCGACAUAAAAAGGAAAUGUGAUUUUUGAUUAGUUUGUCAUAAUCUGACAUUGAUGUACAACUCCAUCCCACAAGUCUCAGAACCCAAACAAACCGUCCCCAGCCACCUUGAAAAAAUCCGUGAUCUAAAUUCUUGUGAAUCCGACACAUUUUAAGAACCUUAUCUCUAGAAUGAAUUUUUUAAAAAGAAUAGUCUGCAUUUUGAGUGUGUACUGGGAUGAUUUAAUCAGUUGAUAUUGCUUAAUGACAUCAAUACUCGAACUUUCAAAAUCUCAUUUUGCAUUGUCAUAAUUUGAUCUGAAAUUUACAUUAUGUAGUGGUUUAAAAUGAACAAUUUUUAGAUAUUGUUUGCAUAAUUAACACUUCGACACCAGCAACUUUGUGAUUCUUUGUAUUAUUACAAUGACUUUCAUUGCCAAACCUUGGAAAUAUUGUUUUGCAAUUACGCAAUGUACUAUUGUUGUUCAAACAUUUCUUGUCAAAAAUGAAAUUAUUAAAUGGCACUGUAUUUCAAUCUACACCGCAUGGACAUAUUUUUUUUCAAUUAUUGUAAUGAUCUUUGAAAUCAUUGCGUAAAACUUAUACGGUACCAAUUUUGAUGCACCAGAUGCGCAUUUCGACAAAUAAUGUCUCUUCAGUGAUGCUCAACCGAAAUGUUUGAAAUCCGAAAUAACUAUGAAGUUUUAGAUCUAAAUAUACCCAAAAACAGCGUGCCAAACAAGUGGAGCCAGAUUCGUCCAAGGAUAAGAGCUAUGCAUGAGGGAGAUAAUCCUUAAUUUUGAAAUGAAUUUCUAAAUUUUAUAACAGCAAUUAAAUAUACAUCCGUAUUUUCAAGCUAGUAACGAAGUACUUAAAUAAGGUAAUAAGGAUUGACAUAAUGUGCCGUUUUCUUUACAUUCGAUAGUUUUGAGAGAUGAAGAUAUUUAAAUGCUAUUUGAUGCUUUAGUUUUGUGCUUAACUUUCUUAAUUUUAAUGAUUUUGUUUUGCAGUUGUCUUUUCAUUAUGUAGUUGUGAAAGAUGAAGAUAUUUAAAUGCACUUUGAUGUAUAUACAGUGUGUUAAAAAUUGCUUAUGUGCUGCCCUUUAAAGCAAUACAAGCUGUAACUGAUGGGAAAUAAAUUGAAAAAUAAACGAACAAAUAGAAUAACAUAUUUGUAAUUGAAUAUAGAUGAUCUCAUUGAUUCAGGGUGGAUCUGAAGCAAUAAACCCUCAUAUCAGACGAAAAUGUCGAUUUAUGAAUCAUUGUCAGGGUGACAAUGAUCGCUGCUCGUAAUCUCCGAUGUACAUUGACCUCGAAGAUCACCAGUUCGGAAAAAUGUGGAAGGGAGGCACUGAAAAAUUUGUAAACAAUUUCAUAUGCCAAUUUUAUAGCAAAUUCAAUAUCAAAAUGUUAUUUUAGUGUCACUUUUGCGUAAUCAUUACUUUCUUACACGUAUACUAUUUAUAUCUAGUGAUCAGUCAUUCAAAAACUUACUUUGUUAAACACCACUCUGACUCCAUGCACAAGUACUCUGAAGCUGAAAUAAAAAAUAUGCUAGAGUUCCUCAAUGACAAUAUCUUCGUGGUCUUUGGUGAUCAGGUCUUCCAACAGUCUGUUGGAAUUCCCAUGGGCACGAAUUGUGCUCCUUUGUUAGCUGACCUGUUUUUAUAUUCAAAUGAAGCAGAAUUUAUUCAAAAACUUCUACGUGAGAAGAAAAAAUCUCUCGCUGUGACCUUCAAUUCGACUUUUAGAUAUAUCGAUGACGUUUUGUCUAUUAACAAUGAUAACUUUCAUUCAUAUGUCGAUUUGAUAUAUCCCUGUGAGCUCGAAAUAAAGGACACCACAGAGUUGUCCACUUCUGCUUCAUACUUAGAUAUUUUAUUGAAAGUAGACAUUAACGGCAAACUGACAACUUAACUGUAUGACAAACGAGAUGAUUUCAGCUUCUCCAUCGUCAACUUCCCACAUUUAUGUAGCAAUAUUCCAUUAUCACCUGCAUAUGGUGUUUAUAUAUCUCAACUGAUUCGAUAUGCAAGAGCUUGUUCUGGGUAUAGUCAGUUUUUAAAUCGAGGUAAGCUACUGACAAACAAGUUGAUGGUACAGGGAUUUCAACAGUCUUGAUUGAAGUCAGCAUUUCGCAAAUUCUAUGGUCGUUAUAACGAUCUAGUUCGUCAAUAGAACCUCGCAUUAGGUCAAAUGCUGUCUGACGUGUUUCAUACCGAUUGUUAAGCCGUUCUUGGCACACUGAUUUGACUGCGGAUAACUCCGUUUACCUGAUCAGGAUAUGGGGCUCACGGCGGGUGUGACCGGUCAUCAGGGGAUGCUUACUCCUCCUAGGCACCUGAUCCCACCUCUGGUGUGUCCAGGGGUACGUGUUUGUCCAACUAUCUAUUUUGUAUUGCUUGUAGGAGUUUUGGGAUUAAUCACUGUUCAUUAUCUUCACUUUGCAUUUAAAGUCUUCCAUGACACAAUGUAAUAUUUUAAAAGAAACGAAACGUGUAGUUACUCACGACAGUUUCCCUCUUUGUAUGACCAAGAUCUCAGCAACACGAUUGUGUUCGGCAUUCAUAGUUGCCAUGUCGGAAUAUACGAUGAUUGUGUCCAAGGCUACGGCGGUUUAUACGAAACGCCCAUUGUACGUAUGCUCUCAAGCAAUAUAAUUCCCUUGUAUACGAGUAUUUUGCUGAAUUUUUCUUCUGAGUUUGGGGAUUAUAUUAGUUAUACCUAUAAGUUUUAAUUGGGGCCUACUUAAAUUACCGUUAUGCAGUUAUAGCUUGCGUUGCUUUGAUUAAUUUUAGAUACGGUAGUUGUGAAAGAUGAAGAUAUUUUAAUGUUAUUUGAUGUAUAUAUGCAGUGUGUUUUAAUUGUGUGCUGAGCUUUACUUGAUUUGAUGGCAGUGUCAACACAAAGUAAUUAUGUGCUUUUUUGUAUUCGUGUUAAUUUCUGACGGAAGAAUUUUAUUUUGUAAUGGAGUGAAGUUUUACAUCAAGCUUACUUAAUUAUGCGAGUAACAAGCCUAUGGAAGAAAAUUGAGAUGAAGUUGUAUUCGAGUUCAACUAGCUGUUCAUAUACACUUUUCCUCUGAAUUUUAUCAGCAUUAGGAUUGCCGAUGUAAAUUUUUAUUUUUAUGCUAUAUAGAGAUGAAAUAGUUCUCAUGUAAAUAUAGUAAUUUAGUGUGACUAAUGACAGUUGGAUGCAGUAUGUGAUGCGUAACACCAAUAUUGACCUAUUCAGAUGGAUAGGGGAUUUUCUUUCACACUACAGAACAACAAAGGGGAGAUGGUUAUCGCAAACAGCAUCGAAUAAUUCCAGAAUUUUCAAGAAGGGGGAGGGAGCAACCCCCACCCUCCAAAAAAUGAAAACCCAAAGCUUAAACCUGAUUUGCACCAUCUUCAAAAUAGGUCGGAAGGGAGAGGUUAAGAGACAAACGAAACACAUUUUCUUACAUGUUUUUCUCUCAAUCUUCGAAAUCUUAAAUCGUGAGGGGGGUAUUAACUACAUGCCAUUGUGUUCAAUUCACCACUUCAUCUUAACAUUCCUGCCAUCUAAUACUUCUAAAAAGAUAUGUUGAUUUUUUUUAAAUCAUUAAUUUCUUUUUUAGUCUACCCCCAACCCUCAGUGAUUCUCCAAGUCUAUCAUUUGGGAGAAUAUUUGUGGUUUUUCAAUAGAAGCAUUGUUUGCAUGAGAUGUCUGUUUGAAAAAGAAAAAUCCCUAUUAAAAUUUAAUAUUCCUCCUAUCUUUUUUUUUAAUGCUAUACUCUCUUAAAAUAACAAUUCCAUUAAAAUAUUUAAGAAGUAAGGUAUCAUUUUAAAAUAGUUAUUGGGAUAUAAAUACGGGUUGGUCACGUCAUUAAAUUCAAAGUGACGUAAAAAAAAAGAUUGAACACGUACCAACCCAUAUUUAUAACUUGAUAAAUAUUUUACUUACUUUGUCUUGUUACUUAUAUUUACAGUUUUGAUCGAUAACAUUGUUGAAUUGUGUUAACAACACGUUUCCAUACAUUUCGCAUUGUUGACCUACAUAACGCUUCGUUCAAAAUGACGAAAACAGAAAACGAAGUUCCAUCAAAUAUGAAAAACUGUUUUAAUUAUUAAGACGCUAAAAAGCAAGCAUAUCAACAUAUACAUCAACUCAGGAGUAUAUAAUGGAAAUCUCUUCCUUAUGUCUAAUUGCAGGGGGGGGGGGGGACUGAUGAUUUAAAAGGAGGAGGUGCAAGGUUACACUUAAAAGUUGUGAUGCGCUUUCACUUUUGAAAGUUGAAGAAGCAGUUGUUGAAGACCGGCUUUGAAAGAUAUUCUGUGGACAUUACGGAGUAAAAAGAAGACUGAGGUGGAGGAACAUGAAGAACAGGGCGGCAGUAGUCAGGUGUAGGCAAAUCAUUUAUACAUAGGAGAGAGGCCGCAACUCAGGUGAAUCUACGGAAAGAACAGCAAAUCGCAGAGGAUGUGGAAGUGCACGAAGGUUUUCAACGACGCCUCGCUUCGAUGUCCCGACAUAAACUUGGAAACCAACAUCACCUCGUGGCUGCUGUGGCCGUGUCACGGAGGUUGUGCGAUGUGUAGGUCUUAAUGCACUUUUACGACUUAUCGACCCUAACUCAUGCGAAUGACUUUUUGCUAAAGCCUAAUGUCACCGUCUAGAAGUAGGUACAAUUCCGCUUCACCGACCACCAGGGUGUAAUUGUAGCAGACGAAAUUUUAGACAUACAUUAGUGAGACAUUGUUUUACAGAAAUGUUUUUAUCAAUUAUUGAUGAAAUCCACUGCUUGGAAUACAGAUAAAAUCAAAAAUACAUUUUGUGAUAUUGAUUUCAUCUAUUGAUAGACUUCUGUAGUAAGCGAGAGCGAUUACUAGAUCUGUAUUGCCUUAGUAAAAGUAGUACCUGUUACCUACUUUCAACAAAUAUUCGUACGCAUAGCCGUGACCUCCAUUGACCCCGUAGUGGAUUUAUACAGUGAUAAAAACGUAUUGCUCGUAAUAGUGUUAUAGAGGAGAAAACAGUUGAAAAUGUAAAUAUCUUACAUUACCAAGAACUUGCAUUUGUAUUUUCUAUUCGUAAACACCGAUUCAGUUUUUGCCAGUCUAUGACAGAAACGCAGGUUGAAACUCAUCUCCUUGCAGCGAUGCUCAAUGUAAUUACAAUAUACUCAGAUCUGAGAAAUGAUAAAAAAAAGAUGUUUGUAAUGUAUUUAUCUUUAUUUACAAAAAUCAUAAUGAUAAUAAUAAAAUUUGUAGUGCAGAUCCUCAUCUGAGUCGACCGUUUUGCUUAUGUCGAUAUCCAAGCAUUGUUACUUAGGUAUAUUUGAUAUAAACUGAAAAUGCUCUUGAUGCAAGGUGACGAUAACGAACAGAGAUCAACCUCAUAACUCCUAUAAGCAAUACAAAAUAGAUAGUUGGGCAAACACGGACCCCUUGACACACCAGAGAUGGGACCAGGUGCCCAAGAGGAGCAAGCAUCCCCUGUUGACCGGUCACACCCGCUGCGAGCCCUAUAUCUUGAUUAGGUAAACGGAGUUAUCCGCAGUCAAUAUCAGUGUGCCAAGAACGGCUUAACAAUCUGUAUGAAACACGUCAGGCAGCAUUUGACCCAAUGCGAGGUUGUAUGGACGAACUAGAUCGUUAUAACGACUAUAGAAUUUGCGAAAUGCUGACUUCAAUCGAGACUGUUGAAAUCUCUGUACCAUCAACUUGUUUGUCAGUAGCAUACAUCGUAUUAAAAACUGACUAUUCGCAGAACAAGCUCUUGCAUAUGGAAUCAGUUGAGAUAUAUAAGAAAAGAAUAAAACCCAGAGAAUGUAUUCGUCAACGUGGUACUGACUAAAUCCCGGUCUUCGAUAUCGGUCCCGUGACUGAAACCCGAACCGGCCUUUAGUAUGCGAUCUUUACUGUUCGUUAUCUUCGCCUUUCAUUUGUCGGUCCUACCGAUCCUGAAGUUUUCACAUAUCAUUUUAUGAAAGAAGAAAAUAGUAUGAUCAAUCAACUAUCAGAAUCCAGGCAUGAGAUACCAUCUAUGAAUUAACAAGAAAUGAGGCUCAAAUAUUCUGAUAAAUCUUUUUUUAUCGAAUAAAGAAGUCUGGGACCAGGACCGAAGACCGGGACGAAGACCAGGUCUUAAUCGGUACCCACGUCAGCUAUAGAUGUUUGAUUUAUAAAAAUGAUAUUCCUCUUGAUGUUGAAUGGUUAAAAUAUUUGUUUCAGAUUUAACAUUGUGUCAUUCAUGGAAUAUAAUUGUCUUGUAUUUUGGGGUAAUUCUAAAAAUAGCCUGACUUUGAGAAAUCGUUACUUUGUAUUGAAAAAAAUACCCGCUUUGAGUUUUUUUUAAUAUUUUCUGCUAUAAACCUAUUCAAACUUUUGGUCAUAGUAUUUAAAAAUUCCGAUGCUUCAUUUUUUAGGAAGAAAGACCUGACAAAUCCCCCAAAAUUUGAAAUUUGAAGAAACCACUUAUCUUAGACUGCUAGACAUAAUACUUUCUGUACUUACUAUCAAUCUGCUUUUUAUUGUUUUGAAUGUAGAAACAAAUAUAAUUUAAUUAAACAAGUUACUUUAAUGAUAUAUUUUGUAUGUUAAAAGCAAUAAAAUGUUCAAAUUUCACAAAAAUUGGGUUUUUAAUGCUAUCCAAAUGACAAAUAUGGUGAGAAAUGACUUUUUGUUGCCAUGGCACCAGGGUUAUUUUUUAUUGUUUUUUUUUUUUUUAAUAUUGAUAUUUACGUUUCCGUAAAGUAUUUAAUAAGAAACAUGUAAAGAAAGAAUGAGGAUAUUUUUUGACAUACCAUUUCUCAAUACCUUAGUAAUUCUUUGAUCAUUACAUAGAAUUGCUCUUAAGUAACAACCUUCCAUUCUAGUGUUUUGAACUAACAAGCUAUUAAUGUUUUAAAAUUUCAUUUUAGCUUCUUCAUUUGCCCCGAGCUUUAAUAGCAUCCAUUAGUUUCAAAUUGCAAAGCUUUAUGUUCAAAAGCCGAGACAUAUCCGCUUUUCCAAGCAUAGAACAAAUAAAAUAUUUACCCUUGUUUAAAUCAUUAGCCGAAAAGAAAACUUCUAAGUGACUUGUGGAAUUUAAUGAACCAUUUUUCAGUUACAGACCAAUCAUAUAUAUCAAUGGUAAUAUUGGUUCGUGAAUUUCACUACUGUCCUGGCCUUCUGAGAAAGGAAACGAUGCAGAAAUUUGAUUUAAUUUUAACGAUAUUAUUAGGAUUUGUUACUUUUUUUAGCAAUUGUAAAUUGCCGGGGAAUGUAUUUUACGGAAAGAAAGCUGAUGGUAAUUUAGAGUAUUUGAAAGAGAGUCCUAUUGGUCUCCAGCAGUGUGUUCGAAUGUGUUACCUUAACAGACCGUGUAAAUCUGUGAGCUAUAACAAGAUACAGCUGACUUGUCACCUCCACGAAGAGGACAUCCAACCGGAAGCUCUGGUCAGCGACGACUGCUGCCACUUUGUCAACAAUAUCACAGGAACACAGAAUUUGAUGAAGAAUUGCGCUCAAAACAGCUGUGGUUUACAAGAAUCUUGCGUCAAUUUAAAAAACGCGAAAACCUGUAUCAAAUCCAGGUGUUCACACGGGAUGUAUUCAUAUGAGGAGGAAACAAAAAUGUGUUUCAGAGUCGUCUACAAAACCUUUCUAAACUGGACCGAUGCGGAGAACUUUUGUCAAAGAGACAGGGGGCACCUGAUAAAUGUGGAUACAGCAAACAAAAAUACCUUCAUUUCUCAGCAAUUACAAAUAUUAUCUUCACUAGGACAUAGCAUAUUCAAAUUCUGGAUUGGAAUAAAUGAUCGAGAGAAUGAAGGAGUAUUCAUUGGGAUGAACGGACAUUCUCUUAACUUCACCAACUGGGGCGACGGUCAGCCGAAUAAUUAUGACAACACAUGUGCAUCAGAAGCUGAUUGCGGCACCACCAGAAAAAGUGGGAAUUGGGGAGAUGAAUGCUGUGGCAACCUCUACGGAUUUAUCUGUGAAAUCGUAUGAAGAAAAUCAAACAUUCUGUGAAAUCGUAUAAACAAAAUCAAACACUCUAUGAAAUUGUUUGAAUAAAUCAAAAGAUUGUAUCUGUAAAAUUGUCUGAGAACUCAAAACAAACGUUUAUUUUCCCCAGAAGCUACCUCAAUUGUGAAUUUGUUUCAUUAUCCAAACAAAACUUUUUUAUCUGCAAAAUUAUCUGAUCAAAACCAAAGAUUUAUGAUUUGUUUUGUUAUGCACAAUUGUCUGAAUAAAUCCAUGUACUUGAA